UGCCAGAAAGCCCUUCUUGCUACAUAUCUUUUCAACUACAGAAUACAGAAGAAUAUUGUAAACAUCUUACAAAGAUCACACAUUUUUUGCACACUGGAUUGUUUAUUACAUGUAGGCUUGUGUACUGUUUAUUUGCGUAUUUAAGACUUUUUUCCAACAAGUGUAUUGCAAUAAUAUAUUCCCGAAAGACGUUUUAUAUUCAUUAUUGAAUACGAAACUCUCCUGACGAAUUCUGGAGCAACCAUGCACCAUCGCUGAUGUUUUCAAUGCGAGGUUGUUGCACUUAAUUUGGGGUAUUUCAGUAUGGCAACUCUGACGAGGCAAGAUCUUAAUUUUGGCCAAGUUGUUGCCGACAUUCUCUGUGAGUUUUUGGAAGUGGCCAUUCACCUCAUUCUGUACGUCAGAGACAUUUAUCCAUCUGGGAUCUUUCAGAAAAGGCAGAAAUACAAUGUACCUGUGCAGAUGUCAUGCCAUCCUCAGUUAAAUCAGUACAUUCAAGACACACUCCACUGUGUCAAGCCACUGAUAGAGAAGAAUGAGGCUGAGAAGGUUGUAGUGGUGAUCAUGAAUAAAGAGCACCAUCCAGUGGAGAGGUUUGUGUUUGAGAUCUCACAGCCUCCGCUGCUGGCCAUCAGCUCAGAGACUCUGCUGUCUCAUGUGGAGCAGCUGCUGAGAGCGAUGAUCUUGAAGAUCAGCGUGUGUGAUGCUGUUCUGGACAGCAAUCCUCCAGGGUGCACAUUCACAGUGCUGGUUCACACUAGGGAAGCUGCCACAAGAAACAUGGAGAAAGUCCAGGUCAUCAAGGAUUUUCCAUGGAUUGUAGCAGAUGAGCAGGAAGUUCACAUGGAGGAAGCUAAACUCAUUCCUCUAAAAACAAUGACUUCUGAUAUUCUAAAGAUGCAACUCUAUGUUGAAGAAAAAACACAGAAGUCAUCGUGAUGGUCUUGUUUAUUUAUGUUGUUCUUGUUGUUUAUCACAUGCCUGGAGGUACAGAAGGUGUGAAACAGGAAACAGGAACUGUUUUUUUGGUUUUGGUUUUGUUUUUACAACAGCCGUAUGCUCUAUUUGAAAGUUGAAAUACUUUGUUCUAGACUGUUUCUUGUUAGGUAGGAUAAAAGUUUAUUUCUAAAUUUUGUGCCUCUGCUUCAUUUAAUCAGUUUCUGCUUUGGAUCUGCCAUUGUGUUGAAAUUGCUGUUUUAUUUUUAAAUACAGCUUUGUGAUCUUACACUUACUCUGCUAAGCUGUCAUGUCUCUAUAUACUUGUUUACAAAG